AUGCUGACGCCUGCACUCUUUCUUUUAUAUUUAUACCAUUUCUGUCUCGCCGGAAGCGUCAACAAAGGCGGGGCCUGCUCAACAAAGAACAGCCGUUUGCAGGCGGGCACAAAUCAGUUCUGGAGCGAAUGCAACUCCGUUACCUUCUGCUCAGAUGCUGACGGCACCUGCGUUCCUAAAAGAUGUCGCAAAGACGACUUUCCAUUUGGAUAUGCUCAGCGUGCUGAUCUCCCCCCUAAAUGCAGCAAAGGUCAAUUUUGCCCCGACGAGGGAAGUGAUUGCCAGCCUGCUCUAGCAGUUGGCAGUCCCUGUCAGCUGAACCGAGAUGAUCAAUGUGAGGGCCCACCAAAUUUCAAAGAACUUGCCGAUACCAGUGGCCGUGGCCUCAACUUCAACGGCUCAGUCUGUCUCAACAAUCAAUGCAUGUGGGCAAACGCCACCCUUAAUAACCUUUGCGUUGUCGAGAAUACAUUUUAUAUCGCGUAUGGGGUGUCUGGAGAGUUCCCAGACAUCGUGUCUCGUGGGAAUUGUCGCAUCGGACUUUAUUGUGAUUCGGCCAAGAAAGUGUGCAUGACCAAUAAGGUUCUCGGAGCGGCAUGUGGGGCCGACAAAGAAUGCGACUCGUGGAACUGUCUUUCCACUGGUGUUUGUGGAACCAGCGCGGCAACUCCUCGUCACUUUGGUGUGUGGGUGUAUGUUCUUGUCGCUCUUGGGAUUUUUGGUGGAAUGGCGGGAACUCUAAGCGGCUUAUUUGUGACUCAUCGAAAGCAACGAGACCGAGAGCGCGAAAAGCGGGUUCAAUACUGGCGUGAGCAGAAUGCAUUCCACCAAAAUCUUUUGCAGAUGCGAGAAACUGCGCGCGCGUCGAUCUUAUCGUUGCCGAACCAGAGCGGGACAAGCCCGCAGAGCACGUUGUAUGGCAGCCGCGACCUCUCCGACGAACUCAACACACCAAUUUUGCAACAUGCGGCACCAAAGGCGUCUGGACUUCGUCACUACCUUGCGGACGAUAAUUCGGAGUAUGAUGAUGCAAGCAUGAUGCAACCGACGAAAAAAGUGGAAGGACGGUUUUGA